AUGGUUUCUAUUAAAGCUUUGCUUGCAGUGGCUGUUGUGAAAGGGUGGCAUUUAUCCCAACUUGAUGUCAACAAUGCAUUUUUGCAUGGUGAUCUUAAUGAAGAGGUUUAUAUGGUCUUGUUCCCAGGCUUUCACAACAAGGGAGAGGUUGUUUGUAAGCUCAACAAAUCCUUGUAUGGCCUCAAGCAGGCCUUUAGGCAAUGGUUUUCCAAGUUCUCUCAUGUUUUGAUCCAGUUAGGCUUUCAUCAAUCUAAAGCUGAUUACUCUUUGUUCACUAGAAGCAGUUUUGGUUCCUUUGUUGCCUUAUUGGUGUAUGUGGAUGAUGUUCUCAUUGCCAGUGAUAAUGUUCAAGCAGUAGCAGACCUUAAGGUGCUGCUGGAUAAGCAAUUCAAGCUUAAAGACUUGGGGGACUUGAAAUUUUUCCUAGGUUUGGAAAUGGCUAGGUCCAAGGAAGGCAUUAGCCUUUGCCAAAGAAAAUAUGCCUUGGAGUUGUUGGAAGAUGCAGGGUUGUUAGGUUGUAGACUAGCAAAGGUUCCCAUGGAGCCAGCUUUGAAGUUAAGCAAGUAUGAAGGGCAAGAGUUAAAGGAUCCCCGCAUGUAUAGGAGAUUGAUUGGGAGGUUACUCUAUCUAACCAUCACAAGGCCUAAUAUUACCUUUGCAGUUCACAAACUUAGCCAAUUCAUGGCUAAACCAAGGUUGCCACAUCUUCAAGCAGCUAAUAAGGUUUUGCAAUACAUGAAAGGCAGUCCUGGGCAAGGUCUGUUGUUUUCUAGCAAGUCUGAAUUACAUAUUAAGGCUUUUGCAGAUGCGGAUUGGGCUGCCUGUCUAGAUACCAGGAGCUUUACUACUGGUUAUUGUGUUUUUAUUGGAGAAUCUUUGGUCUCUUGGAAGUCUAAGAAGCAGCAAACAGUCUCACGUUCUUCAGCAGAGUCAAAAUAUAGGGCAAUGGUUGUUGCAGUGUGUGAAGUUGUAUGGUUGAUCAGCUUUCUUAAGGACAUUCAAGUUCCUCAUUCAAGGGCAGCCUUACUCUUCAGUGAUAGUUGA